AUGAAUUUAGUUUUAAAUUUUGGUAAGCAUAAAUCCAAGACGAUUGAAGAAGUGUAUGCUUCUGAUCCAGGCUACUGUCGUUGGUUGUCGAAUCAGAAGAUUCUCAUUGAUUCCGAGCCUGGCGUUAGUGAUUUUCUCAAAGCUAAAUUCAUCAACGAUGAUGGGUCAUUCUUAAUGACUUGGGGCAAAUUCAAAGGUCGAACGAUCAAACAAAUCCAAGCAAUCGAUUCCAACUACAUCGAAUGGUUGAAGAAGAAUGAAUUCGUUAAUCAGAAGAUGUCUAAGCUGAAGGGUGCUCUUGCUAAGCUGAUGGUAUUUUUUUUGAAAAAAAAUAUUCUGGAAUUCAGAUUAGCUUGA